AUCCGCCGUCCCAGCCACCCAGGAACCAAGCACGCGGCGCGUGGACAUAGUGCGAUGGGAGACAAGGUCGUGAGCACGUUGAAGCAGUAUGACGGCAUGAUCAACGAGAUGGGGGCGUAUCCUGCCAAGCCCAUCAUCAACACCCUCACGAUGCUGGCAGAGGACCUUACGAUGGCCAAACACAUUGCACCUUUUCUCGUCAAGAAGCUCAACGUCGUAGGCCCUCCAUAUCGCCUUCCCAUCCUGUACCUCAUGGACUCGAUCAUUAAGAAUGUCGGCGGUCCAUAUGCGUACCUCUUCAGCCAGACGCUGGCGCCGGUGUACGUUGAUUCAGUGCGGCAGGUGAACGCGACCGACCUGAACCGGUUCAAUCACGUGCUGAAGACAUGGGAGACAGCGCGACUUCUUCCACCGGCUGUCCUUAUGCAGAUGCGUGCAGCCGCCGAUUCGGCGCUGCGUGUGGCGCAGCCGUCGGAUCAGCCGACGAGUUUCGCAUCACGAGGAGGGGGUCCGGUGGGUCCAUCGUCCCGCAUCGGCGUCCCGCCCCGUCCUUCCUCGUUGUCCGAUGCCCACUUGGAACUGCAGAUGCGACGUCUCUUGACCCAGCUUCAGACCGAGGACGGUGUGCAUCCUGCCAAGCAGCUCAGCCUCGAAGAAGUCCGCGCGCAAAACCCCGACUUGUAUGCGACGUUAAAGCUCAACGUCGUCGAUGAAGUUGCCGCUCCCCAUCAUGCGGCUCCUCCCCCCGUACUAGGCCAUCCGCCAGUGUAUCCACAACAAGCGCCUUAUAAACGAAGUCCCCCGCGGCAGUUGCCUCCACACCACCACCAUCCGUACCCCAACGAUCGAUCCAGUCAUGACGGGGGACUGCUCCCCCUACCUCCGUCGGUCGGCCAUCGAGGACAAGGAAUUCCACCGCCGCCGCAUCAUUUCCCCCUUCCUCCUCAAGGCAGCGCCCCCCCUCCCCCGUCCUCUCGACGAUGGUCGCCGCCCCAUCACCACCACCACCCCAUGCAGCAACCCCAUCAUCAUCGGGCACCAGGGGGGCAGCCGCAGGCGACGCCCACUGGCCAAGACGUGAUGAACUUGCUCAAGAAGAUCAACGCCAUGUCCGCGCCUCCAUCUUCUUCUUCUUCGUCGUCGUCGCGGCGAUACCAACACCAGGUGACGUCGGCGACGUUGGGCCGCCCGCUGACCUGUGCGGACGUGGCCGUCAACAAGAAGCGGAUAGGAGACAACGUGUACCGGCUCUACGACGCGCUUCCCCACGUGUCGACCAGCAGCGGCCUUCGCUUUAAGGACCAAGCCCAACUGUCGGUACACAUGGAUUUUCUAUUUCAUUACAAUCGCGCGCUGCGAGAACGCACCAAGGGCGGCAUCUCUCGCUCGUGGUACCCCAACGAAGCACAAUGGACGACGGACUUUUGCGCCGUGUCCAACUCCAAGGAAGAAACCAGCGCUGGGUUUGUCCAGCUCGAAGACAAGCUCACUGUCCCUGGUACAGUUCGGAAUAAAUGAUUCAUCUAUCUUGGUCUCUGAUGUCUUUUGAAUCGAGUUAGAUUUUGACAAGGACGCGUUGAAUGCUUCGCGGGUGCCCGUGGACGGCUCGAUCACGAAAUGUCGGAUUUGCGGUGAACCGUUCACAAAGUGCUGGGACGAAGACGAAGAAGAGUGGAUGUACCAGAACGCCGUGGUCGGGUCCAUCGAGUCGACCGACGUCGUGCCCAAGCAGACCAUUUUCCACAAGUAUUGCUACGACAGCGCUGUGGCGUCGUCCAAAUCCAAGGUGAUCCUUCCAUCGCAGUUGGCGCCCGGCAGUCCCGUGGUCGUUGGAUCCAAGCGCCCCAUGUCGGAGGUGGAGGAGGAUGCUACGUGGAGAGGUGAAACGGGUAGAGUCGACGAUGACAAGGACGAGCAGCAGGACAUUAAUAAACGACUAAAGCUUACCCACGCAGACGAGACUGGUGGCGUGUUGUAGGAGUCGUCUAGGGUUGUAGGGCUCGUAAUGCAUGCUUUAUCUCUUUUGUUUUGCCUUUCUCAGGUAUAUGCUCGCAUACAUACGCCUAGUGUACAGUACAGUGUACGUACAGUACUACCUCGACGGAAGCACAGGACUACAGUACAGAAUUCCCCCCUCGAUCAAGUGCAUGCUUUUCG